CCAUCCGAACGUCCAAGCCGAGCUUUCCCUACCUCGCUUCUUCCUCCGGAUCCCGGAACCAGCUGUCAGAAGACGCAAGAUGGCGGCGGCCGUGACCGUAGGGAGGGCGGGAUUCGUGUCCUUCAGAGGCGGCCCUUUGGGGGUGGCAGUACAGGUCUGUCGCAGAGCACACGCGGCUGCUGCAGCUGCCCCUGCCACACAGGCCUCGGCACGCAUCAAGACAUUUGCAGUGUACCGAUGGAACCCAGACAAUCCUGGAGAAAAGCCUCGCAUGCAGACCUAUGAGGUGGACCUGAACAAGUGUGGGCCUAUGGUUCUGGAUGCCUUAAUCAAAAUUAAAAAUGAAAUGGACGCCACGUUGACUUUUCGCAGGUCCUGCAGAGAAGGCAUUUGUGGCUCUUGUGCCAUGAAUAUCGAUGGGGGGAACACUUUGGCCUGUACCAAGAGAAUUGACACCCGCCUCAGCAAGGUGGCCAAAAUCUACCCUCUCCCCCACAUGUAUGUGGUGAAAGACCUCGUCCCAGAUUUAAGCAACUUCUACGCCCAGUACAAAGCCAUCCAGCCUUACUUGAAAAAGAAGGACGAGUCUAAGCAGGGCAAAGAGCAAUACAUCCAAUCUAUAGAAGAUCGGGAGAAGCUGGACGGGCUGUACGAAUGCAUCCUGUGUGCCUGUUGCAGCACCAGCUGUCCCAGUUACUGGUGGAAUGGAGACAAGUAUCUGGGUCCUGCCGUGCUCAUGCAAGCCUACCGCUGGAUGGUCGACUCGCGGGAUGACUACACGGAAGAGCGGCUGGCACAACUGGAAGACCCCUUCUCCCUUUACCGCUGCCACACCAUCAUGAACUGCACGAAGGCUUGCCCCAAGGGGCUGAACCCUGGAAAAGCAAUUGCGGAAAUCAAGAAGAUGAUGGCCACCUACAAGGAGAAGGCAGCCAGCGCUUAACUCUACUCUGGAGCCUCCACUCUUAUCAUGCGCACAUACCCUCUUGCUGAAAGUAACUUAUAUCUGAUGUCUUGGCUGGAGCAGGGCAGACCCUGCCGUUCUCGUGUGAUUUUUUUCCUCCUUAGGCAUGUUGGCUGUUGUAAUGGACUAAUAAAAGUGCUACUUUGAUUUUCAGAA